AGAGUUGGCUAGAGCUGUUGCCAUGACAAGCAUUUUCUUAAGACAGCUCUGCUGUUGAAACCGUCCUAGGCUGGGGGUGGGGUGGGGGCACGAACUUCUUGGGGGUCCAUCCCUCCGAAGACAGCGAAAUCAGACACCCGCCCAGCUCCCUGCACCCAUUUUCUUCAGGGAAGGUCCUUCCGCGUGGAAGGGUUGGGGAAGAAGACUCAGCCCACUCCCCCUAGCUGUAGCUGAAAGGCCAGAGCGCGAAGACAGCAUCACUAGGUGGUUUGCUACACCGGGGAGAGCGGUGGGUGGUCACCCCACCCUACUCGGUCCAUGGAAACGCGCAGGGACGGUCCCGCUCGGAGACACCUGGAUCUUUGCUAGAAAGAGAGAGGCCUAGCCAUCAUCGUUAUCCAGAGAGCCCUCCUCUUUCUCCUGACGUCGGCCUACCAUCGCAAUUGCUGGUUGUUGUUAAGGUUGCCUCCAUGGUAACAUGCUUAUCCUGUUUGCACGUCUAUAUGGACAAGUAGUCUAAACUAGGAACCUACCUACUCUGGACAACCAUUUCCAUCCAGAGGACACCAAUCAUCGUGACACCACGUCCGUCUUCUAAGUUCCCCCAACCUCUUCCUCCUCUCACGAGUAGACUUAAUACAGAAGAAAGGAUCUAGGCCUGGUGUUGCUACUCUGAAACUUAUUGCACAAGAUAUUGUCAAAUUAUCCCCUAACUGGGCUCCCAGAGAAGAAAGAAGUGGGAAGAAACGGGGAAGAGAAGGCAAGAGACACUGAUCAGUUAGAGGGGAAACUCUGCAUCUUCUCUGGUUGAGUCUGGUAACCGAAGAAGGCAAAAUGACGAAUCCAUCAGGACAUCACUUGCCAGCCAACUCAGUGGCUGAGAGCUAUGAAGGGGAGUUUGGCUGCACCUUAAUGGACCUGAGGAAGCUCAUGGAGCUUCGUGCAGCUGAUGCAGUGACCCAGAUCAGUGCCCACUAUGGAGGUGUACAGGAAAUCUGCGCUAGACUGAAAACCUCACCUAUAGAAGGUCUUUCUGGGAACCCUGCAGAUUUGGAAAAGCGUAGACUUGUUUUUGGAAAGAACAUGAUACCUCCGAAAAAACCCAAGACUUUCUUAGAAUUAGUGUGGGAAGCCCUGCAGGAUGUCACGCUCAUCAUCCUGGAGAUCGCAGCCAUCAUCUCCCUGGUCCUGUCCUUCUACCGACCUCCCGGUGGAGAUAAUGAGAUCUGUGGUCACAUUAUAAUUAACCCAGAAGAAGAUGAAGAAGGAGAAACUGGCUGGAUCGAGGGGGCAGCCAUCCUCGCCUCAGUGAUCAUUGUGGUGUUCGUGACAGCCUUCAAUGACUGGAGCAAAGAGAAGCAGUUCCGGGGGCUGCAGAGCCGCAUCGAACUCGAGCAAAAGUUCGCCAUUAUCCGGAACGGCCAGCUCAUCCAGCUCCCAGUGGCUGAGAUUGUGGUGGGAGAUAUUGCCCAGGUCAAAUACGGUGACCUGCUGCCUGCGGAUGGAAUCCUAAUCCAGGGAAAUGAUCUGAAGAUUGACGAGAGCUCUCUGACAGGAGAGUCAGAUCAUGUCAGGAAGACUCCGGACAAAGAUCCCAUGUUGCUCUCGGGGACUCAUGUGAUGGAAGGUUCUGGACGAAUGGUAGUGACUGCUGUCGGAGUCAACUCCCAGACUGGAAUCAUCUUCACCCUCUUAGGGGCUAGUGAGGAAGAAGAUGAUGACAAGAAGAAAAGUAAAAAACAAGGAGUCCCUGAAAAUCGCAACAAAGCAAAGACCCAGGAUGGAGUGGCCUUGGAAAUCCAGCCACUCAACAGCCAGGAAGGACUCGACAGUGAGGAGAAGGAGAAGGAGAAGGAGAGGAAAAUAAGCAGGGGACCCAAGAAGGAGAAGUCGGUGCUGCAGGGCAAGCUCACACGCCUGGCUGUGCAGAUUGGGAAGGCGGGUCUGAUCAUGUCUGUCCUCACAGUUGUCAUCUUGAUUCUAUACUUUGUGGUUGACAAUUUCGUGAUACAGCGCCGAGCAUGGCUUCCUGAGUGCACCCCUGUCUACAUUCAGUAUUUUGUCAAGUUCUUCAUCAUCGGAGUCACUGUAUUGGUAGUGGCUGUACCAGAGGGGCUGCCAUUGGCUGUCACCAUCUCAUUGGCCUACUCUGUAAAGAAAAUGAUGAAGGACAACAACUUGGUACGGCACUUGGAUGCUUGUGAGACAAUGGGCAAUGCCACAGCCAUUUGCUCUGAUAAGACAGGCACGCUGACCAUGAACCGAAUGACAGUGGUACAGGCUUACGUUGGGGACACUCACUACCGCCAGAUCCCAAACCCUGACGUCUUCCCACCCAAGGUUCUGGAGCUCAUAGUCAACGGCAUUUCUAUCAACUGCGCUUAUACUUCUAAGAUUCUGCCUCCAGAAAAGGAGGGAGGCCUACCCCGGCAAGUAGGCAACAAGACAGAGUGCGGGCUGCUGGGCUUUGUCAUAGACCUGAAGCAGGACUACCAAGCAGUUCGCAAUGAGAUGCCUGAGGAGAAGCUCUUCAAGGUGUACACCUUCAACUCGGUGCGCAAGUCCAUGAGCACGGUCAUCAGGAAGCCGGAAGGGGGCUUCCGCAUGUUCAGCAAGGGCGCCUCUGAGAUUAUGCUGCGCAAGUGUGAUCGAAUCCUGAACAAGGAAGGAGAAGCCGUACCGUUCAAAAGUAAGAACCGAGAUAACAUGGUACGCAAUGUCAUUGAGCCCAUGGCCAGUGAAGGACUCCGGACUAUCUGCAUAGCUUACCGAGAUUUUGAUAACUCAGAGCCCUCGUGGGACAAUGAGAGUGAAAUCCUCACUGGGCUGAUCUGCAUUGCAGUGGUGGGCAUUGAGGAUCCUGUGCGCCCGGAGGUACCAGAUGCAAUUGCCAAAUGCAAAAGGGCUGGCAUUACUGUCAGAAUGGUGACAGGUGAUAACGUCAACACAGCCCGGGCCAUUGCCACCAAAUGUGGCAUUCUGACUCCUGGAGAUGACUUCUUGUGCCUGGAAGGCAAAGAAUUCAACAGACUUAUACGCAACGAGAAGGGCCAGGUUGAACAAGAAAAGCUGGACAAGAUCUGGCCCAGGCUUCGGGUACUGGCACGAUCUUCUCCCACAGACAAGCACACAUUGGUGAAAGGUAUCAUUGACAGCACCAUUGGGGAACAGCGGCAGGUGGUGGCUGUCACCGGCGAUGGAACAAAUGACGGACCUGCUCUAAAGAAAGCAGAUGUCGGUUUUGCUAUGGGCAUCGCAGGCACAGAUGUGGCUAAGGAGGCAUCAGACAUCAUCCUGACCGACGACAACUUCACCAGCAUUGUGAAGGCAGUGAUGUGGGGACGGAACGUGUAUGACAGCAUUUCCAAGUUCCUGCAGUUCCAGCUUACUGUCAAUGUGGUGGCCGUGAUUGUGGCUUUCACUGGAGCCUGCAUCACUCAGGAUUCCCCACUGAAAGCAGUGCAAAUGUUGUGGGUUAACCUGAUCAUGGACACAUUUGCUUCCCUGGCCCUGGCCACAGAGCCCCCAACCGAUUCUCUGUUGAGGCGCCGCCCCUAUGGGCGAGACAAGCCCCUGAUCUCCCGAACUAUGAUGAAGAACAUCUUGGGCCAUGCCGUGUAUCAGCUCGUAAUCGUCUUCCUCCUUGUCUUUGCUGGAGACAAAAUGUUUGACAUUGACAGUGGGAGGAAGGCGCCUCUCAAUUCGCCCCCCAGCCAGCACUACACCAUUGUUUUCAACACGUUUGUGCUGAUGCAACUCUUCAAUGAAAUCAACGCUCGGAAGAUCCACGGUGAGAAGAACGUCUUUGCAGGCGUCUACCGCAACGUCAUUUUCUGCUCUGUAGUUUUGGGCACAUUCUUCUGCCAGAUCAUGAUCGUGGAAGUGGGAGGCAAACCCUUCAGCUGUACAAGCCUCACCAUGGAGCAGUGGAUGUGGUGUCUAUUUAUAGGGAUUGGAGAACUUUUGUGGGGCCAGGUUAUCUCUGCAAUACCUACCAAGUCUCUGAAGUUCCUGAAGGAGGCUGGCCAUGGCAGUGACAAAGAUGAGAUCAGCAGGGAUGCUGAGGGGAUGGACGAGAUUGAUCUUGCUGAGAUGGAACUUCGCCGAAGCCAGAUCCUCUGGGUCCGAGGCCUGAACCGGAUUCAGACUCAGAUCAGAGUGGUCAAAGUCUUCCAUAGUUUCCAAGAAACCAUUCACAAAUCCAAGAACCCAGUCUCCAUCCACGCCUUCAUGACCCAACCUGAAUACGCCGCAGAUGAUGAACUGUCACAAUCAUUCCUGGAAAACCAAGAGGAAAAUCCUGCAUCGGUUUCUAAGUCGGGGACUAAUGCGCUCCUGUUGGAUGGUGAAGCCGCUCCACAGAACAAUACAAAUAACAAUGCCGUGGACUGCCACCAAGUGCAAAUCGUUGCCUCUCAUUCCGACAGCCCUCUGCAAAGCCUGGAGACACCGGUCUGAACUUCCAUUCUCUGAGUUCUGUCCCUGCUCUCCCUUUUUCUCUUCUUCUAUCCCAUCUGUAUGUGAUGGUGAGACUUGUCAUUGUCACAUGUCAGCUGCUCCUCAGUGUGUGAGAACCCCCACCUGACUCUGAAGAAGCAAGAGCUCAGUGCUACAUGGAUUCAGUCAAACCCUGGGCAGGUAAUGGUAGAGCCACUCCUCAGGUGUACCAGUCGUCAUUUUAAGGAAAUGGUGACAAUCCUCUUGGCAUCACCCAACCCAAAGUCUCCACAGCAUUCCCGCAUGUACCACCACCCCCUUCUGACUCAAAGAUUUUAUCCAAUGAGUUUCUGCCAUUUACAUUUACAAGCUAAGUUGUGGGCUCGGAGAGAGACAAACACCCUGUGUUCGUGUUUCAGUAGAGUGAUUAUUCCUAAACUAUUUUUUCCUAUUUUGAAAAUGUACACUCUAAGGCCUCUAGCUCUUUGUGGCCUUCAGUCUGAUAUCCCCCAAGGUUCUUUGGAUCUUAUAUGAUGUCUUCUCUCUCUCUCUCUCUCUCUCUCUCUCUCUCUCUCUCUCUCUCUCUCUCUCUCUCUCGUGGUAAUUGCAAAAAUGGAAAGGACAUGGACAAGUUGAGUCAACUUUGGCCCUUCCUGGCCCCCGUAGAACCUUUCAUUUUGUUCUAGAGGCAGGCGGGUUUCUUUGCUAAAAUGGUCUUUUUGGAGCAAGUGAGCUGGUUGAGUAUUUCCCUAUUCUUACCAGGUCAGCACCAACUUCUGAAUGUCUGUCUUCUCGGGUAUAUAGGGGCAUUUAAGUGCCAGGAAAAUCAGCCAUGACCAUGAAGCUUUUGUGUGUGUGUGUGUGUGUGUGUGUGUGUGUGUGUGUGUGUGUGUGUGUAAUAUAUAGCUUUUACCUUAGGUAGGCCUGGACUGACUUCUUGUUUAGGGUUGUAGCAAAAAACAAAACAAACAAAAAAAGAAUGGGUCAUGACCCUGCCUCCUAGCUGGAUGAGGAGCUUCAGGAUCAAUGGGGGCAGGCCUAGGACCAGAAGUCACUGGCUGACUACUUUCAAGGGUAUUUGCCAAGGCUCUUCCAGGGUAGGAGCUUCUGACUGGGGGGAUGAGUGUUAAGAAGCCUUGGGAAGGGCUAAAGAGCCAGUCCUUCGGGAUCUGAGAAACCUUCCUGCACUUUGUUGUGUCCCACAACAUUUCCUGUCUCUAAGGAGGUCCUCAACUUCUCUGAACAUUCUAAUGUUGAAAAUGCAUAUCAGAAAGAGGAGGCUCCCUGAUUUGAGGAGCCAAAGGCCCUCCCUGGGAAGCUUCCUGCCCCACCCCCACCCCCAACCGUCCUGUUUUCACACACCCUCCUCCAGCGUCUCUACUGCUGCCUGGGAAAGUCUGUGCCUUUCUGCCCUGAACACUGCCCAGAGCACCCUCUGCCCACCCACCUCUCAGGAGCUGGGAACUUCACCAAAAGGGAUUUUGCCUUACUGGGACAAGGAGGGGCACAGUCCCAGGUGCUCCAUUUGUAUCUCUGCUGGGCUGAUUUAAACAUUUUUGUGCAGGUGGAUUGAAUUUAUGUCCCCCAAGUCCCAUCUCCUGUUAGGUCAGUGAAGCCUGCCUCCCUCUUUCUAGGGUAAUGGGAAUAAGGGGUGGUGCAUAUGUAUGCCUCAUGAGAACAGCCAGAUUUCCACUUGGGAGAGAAAGGUAAAAUGAACUUGCCCACUCGUAGCCUUUUCUUCUAGUGAUCUUCCUCCCACCCCACCUUUCACCCAUGCUGCCAGGGGAGGGUGAGUGAAGGAGCAAACACCAUUCCACACCCAUUCCUGCAUAAUCCAUCAUUAUAGGAAGUAGGGAGACGCUUUUGAUUUGGAUUUCGUAAACACUUCAGCAAUCUUCCCUUGUUGGGGGGAAAAUAUUUCACUCGAGGUGUUAGUUCAACUAUAUAUAUACAUAUAUAUAUUUAAGUACAUUAGAAGAUUUACUUCUGUCAACUCUUUUAUUACCUCAGAUCAUUUUUAAAAAGUAAGCCACUAACAAGUUUUGAAGGCCAUUUUACCAUCCUUGCUCCCAAAAGACUCUUGUGGUGCCUGACAGGUUACUCCUGAGGGCUUAUGUCUACUUUUUCAAAGUCAACAGAUUUUUGUGUGCGUGCGUGUUCUGUAGUUUUCACAGUAAGAGAGGAAAUAUAGAAAUAUUAUGCAAAAAUAUAUAGUUUUCUUUAGGUCAGAAAGUGACAUUUAUGAGUCAGCCAUAUAUAUAUAUUUUUUAUUUAAAGAAUUUCAAAUAAAGUGCCACCAUGUCACACUGUGGAGAGGAGCACACCACCAGCUGUUUGGCAUGGCAAGUGACUCAGUACGUUUGUAAUUGGUUAAAAACAAUAACAACAACCAAUAUACCAUACUCCUUUCUCCAAACAGCCAUCUUUAUAUUUAGGGAAAAAAAUUGUUGGGUUCUAGACUUUUUUAAUGUAAAUUUUGUUGAUAUGGAAUUGAGUAAGUUCAAGUGUUUCUGUGCAUAUGUUUUUAUAUGUUUUUUUUUCUAUUCAGUUUCAGUAAUCCAGGUGGCAGUGAGUAAAUAUGACAGAAGUUAAUGACAAUUUCCCAUAAAUGGUGCUUCAGAUUUGAAAGAGGUCUGAUGGGGAGAGAGAGAGAAUAUAUCCUAGAGCCUUCUUUUGAUAAACUUGGACAAAUGAGUGAGAACCUGAGGUAGAGAGGGAAGCACCCACACAGAGGCUCCUUAGCUGUCGGGCCACAGAUGGAUGCUGCCUUGGAGGAGCCAGGCUUGCUGGUACUCAGGAGUGAGGAUCAGAAGGGUUUCUGUUUCUGGAGGAAUUAGCGGGAAGAGCAGUAUCAAUGAGAGAUGGUCUCUCCUAGUCAGCAAGGGUACUCCGAUGUGGGGUCUGCAUUUCUUUAUGCCUCUUUCCCUUUUUCCUCCCCCUGAGAGACCCCAUUAGUGAUGUUCUUCUGUGUAUGACUCUGAGUUGUAACAACCUACUGUUUCUGUAUGAUACAGCAGAUGGGAGGGAGCCAGAGCUCUGAACUGGAAAAGAGCAAUGUAACAACAUGGCUACUUGUAGCUCUGUGUGACAGUCUCAGGACUAGGUCCUUCUCAACAGUUCUUCCAUGUCCUUUAUAGUACUUUUCACAUCCCAAAAGUUGUAGGAGAGACCAGCUAGAAGCCCUCUGGGCACUUAUGGGUUCCUUGGGGUUGGAUUUCUUUUUGCCUUCAAGCUUUAGGGGAGAGUUGCAAAGAUCAAUCAGAGGGAUUGCCUCACUGCCGAAAACCCAAGGGAACUUGAGCGUACCCGAAUCCUCUCCCAGAUCCCUCUCUUUCUUCCCAUUUCCCUUGCCUUACAGUUGAAGCUACCUGUGGCACCACCCAAUCUGCACAUUCAAUCACUUUCUGCAUCUAGGGUCCACCCCAUGGCACUGGUAGGGGUGGGCUCGUGCAAUGCCUGCUGUUCUAAAGCCAUUCCAGCCCCCUCCUCGGAAUAGACCAGAUACCCUCCUCCCUUCCCAUUUAUCUCAGAGCCAGAACUUUUGCCUUCCCAGGUCUGCAGUUCAGCCUGCUGCCCCCUUUCUUCUUGGUUGGGAGAGGUGAAGGGAGGUGAGAUUCCUUGCAACUGAAUUGGCCUCUGGCCUGUAUUUUCUGCCCAUAUGUAUAUAUGCCAUAUGUAAAUAUGCCAUAUAUGUGCCAACAAAUUGUUCUACGCCAUCUUUUCUAAUCGGCAUGCAGAUAGGAAUUUUGAGUUUCUUCUCAGUAACUAGUAUAAUGAGCACUGGUAUUUUUGUACAAAACAAAAAGAAAAAAAAAAGAGAAAAUUGACUUUUGUGGUCUGCAUGACAGACAUUAUGAUAUCAAAGUAAUGUAUAUCCUCGCGUGUAUUGCCAUAGUUUGCAGUUCAGCUGAACAGUGCACCCAAUCUGUAUUUGCAUUUGAUAUUAUUUAAGCUCUAUGUAUAAUGUUUUGCAUGUAUUUAUAUGGUUCUUGGGAGGGGGGAUGCUGUAAACUGACAAAUCUGUACUGCAAAUGUGUUAUCCGACUGAUAUGGGAAGAAAGGGAGUUUUAAAGGGGGUAACUUUUUGGAACCAAUAAAGCUUUUUGCUGAUGAACAGAAACCAAUGCCAUGCACUGAAAAUAAAAACCCAUGCCCACU